CCUUCCUCCUCCUCUUCUACUUUCUCUUCUCAUGUCAAAUCCAAUCCAACCUCCUUCUUCUUUUUGUGUUGAACUUGAAACCAACAAUAACAACAACAAACGUCGAAAACACAACCCACAAGAAUCUCAAUCUCAGCCUCUCGUUCCUGGCCUACCUGAUCACAUAGCACAACUCUGCCUCUCUCAUGUCGACAACCCAUCACUUCUUUUCUCUGUCUCUCAGUCAUGGCGUCGUCUUCUCUACUCCCCUUCUUUCCCUCCCUUUCUCUCUAUCUACACAAUCUUCUCUUCAGCUUCAGAGACUGACGAAUUCAAUACGAAUCCAAUAAAAUUUUUAGCCUUUGACCCGCUCUGUUCUAGGUGGUCCAAUCUUCCUCCUCCGCCAACUGAUCCGCAACUCCGUCUGCUCCUUCGCCACCCCGCUUUCAUUUCCCGGAAUUUCCCUAUACAGUCCGUCUCCGCCGCCGGUCAGCUCAUACUUCUUGCGGCCACUGACAGUACUUUUCUUCCUGCUCUGUCUCGCCCUCUCUGUUUCGACCCACAAUCUCGAUCUUGGACUUUUGGGCCUCCAAUUGACACUCCACGCCGGUGGUGCGCCGCCGGAGUCAGCGGUGGCGGGGUUUAUGUGGCGAGUGGAAUGGGAUCACACUUCUCCUACGAUGUGGCCAGGUCAGUUGAAAAAUGGAACUUGAAUGCUAAGACAUUCUCUCCAGGCGGUGGCGGAUCCGCCAGAGCUAAGGCUAAGAUGGGUGCGGAUUGGAAGUGGGAGAAAUUAAAGGCAUUGAAAGAUGGAAGAUUUUGCAGGGACGCCAUUGACGCUGUUGGGUGGAGAGGGAAGCUCUGUAUGGGGACUUCUAACGGAAAAGAAGGGAUUGUUUACGACAUCGAGAAGGACACGUGGCAGGAGAUGCCGGAAGGUAUGGCUGCCGGUUGGAGGGGACCAGUGGCGGCGAUGGAUGAGGAAGUGAUAUAUGUGGUGGAAGAGGCCAAAGGUGUGUUGAGAAAGUAUGAUCCAGAGAGAGACUAUUGGGAGGAGGUGCUCGACUCCGAGAGGCUUAAAGGGGCAAGGCAAGUUAGUGCCAGUGGUGGAAGAGUUUGUGUUGUUUGUGGAGGUGGGAAGAUUUUGGUGGUUGAUGUGGUGGCGCCAGCGCCUGAGAGGGUCUGGGUGGUGGAUACUCCGCCAGGUUUGGAGCCUGUCUCGGUCCAUGUCUUGCCAAGGAUAAGCGUGUCGGACCCGGAAUGAUUUUUUUUUUUAUAAAUAUUUUUUUGGAUGGUUGAGAGAUACGUGUUCCAGUCAACAAAAAAGCCUCACCACAAAAUUUGUUGAUUCUAUUAGGGCAAAAGUACAUUUUUUUGUCCUAAAAUUAUGAGUUAGAUUUCAUAUU